CGUGACGCGUUCCGUUCGGGGUUCGGCCAUCGCAAUUCGCAAAAAUUCCCCACCUCCCGGCCCUCUUCUGUCGAGCCUAACCCCUGAACAGAGUGCGCAGAGCUCGAACCUAGCACGAGCGGCCGCCGCACCGCUCCCCCCCAAUGGCGUCCCUCUUCAAGGACCCGAACAAGCUGUCGGCGUACAGGGACCGGCGGUUUCCGGGGACGCAGGAGGAGUACGAGGCGGCGCUGCAGGCGUCGACAACGGUGUACAUCGGGAACAUGUCCUUCUACACCACGGAGGAGCAGGCCUACGAGCUCUUCUCCCGCGCCGGCGAGAUCAAGAAGAUCAUCAUGGGGCUCGACAAGAACUCCAAGACCCCCUGCGGCUUCUGCUUUGUACUGUACUACUCCAGGGAGGAUGCUGAAGAUGCUGUCAAAUAUAUUAGCGGAACAAUGCUUGACGAUCGUCCAAUCCGUGUUGAUUUUGAUUGGGGCUUUGAAGAAGGCAGGCAGUGGGGCCGUGGACGGAGUGGCGGUCAAGUCAGAGAUGAGUACCGUACAGAUUAUGAUCCAGGAAGAGGUGGUUAUGGUAAGAUGGUUCAGAAGGAGCUAGAAGCACAAAGAGAGUUAGUUGACUAUGGUGGAUCUUUUCAACCAAAUGCACCACCACCAUAUGAGAGAGGUGAACGCAAGAGAGGAUAUGGAGACUCUUACAGGAAUGACAGAGGAGAUUACCAACGGAAGCGCUACCGGAAUGAUGAUCGAUCUGCUGCGCCAGAGGGGUCCAAGAGAGCGCCUGACUCUGAUCAAGCGGAGAAGAAUCCUAGGUUCCGAGAGAAAGGUGACUCUGAUGAGGAAGAUGACGACUACGACAAGAGGCGACGUCGCUAAACCAGUGGAACAAUUGUUGCCUGUCUGCAGUUGAUCUGAUGCCCAAUUACUGCUGAAGAAUCCACAAAAUGCAGCCGUAUCUGAUUCACCUUGCUGUACAACAGACUAUGACUUCUCCUUGUUGGCCCGUUCCUCCGUCUCGUGCCCUUACCAUCUGUUAAUCAGCAUUUGCGUAGGUUUUGCAUGGGGAUGUUGGUGAUGCGAGUACGAGAUUCUGUGCUAACCGUUUAAUGACACUGAAACCAAAAGAUGUUAGCACUAAUUUGUUACCCAACCCUUGAAUUGUUGUCGCUUCCGUGUUGCGUCAA